UACUGUACUCACGUCGAGUGGGAGUCGGACUGUUUAGUGGGAUACGGGGAAAUAUUCGGUGCUCCAUGAGACCAACGACUUAGACGGCAGGCCAGCACACUCCGUCGAAAUACGUGGAAGGCUUUAAACGCAUUUCAGCCUCUACAUUAUUCUAGAGUCCCCGUGCUCUACCACAUGUUUAUUGGUAGUGAAGUUAUUUCUGAAUCUUACUAGCAUUAGCUUGCUGCUGAUAGCUAGCUCGUGCUCGGCUAGCUUACUCCCAGGAUCAGCGCCAAGUCGACGAUUUUUCCCAGCUUUUACGGUCUUCAAGUUCACGUGGACUGUAUAUGCAAGAUACAAGACUGAGUGCUUUGGAUUAUUUUAGAAUACACUCUUGUGUAUUCUUUUUGGAUAUGUAUAUUUUGAAAGUAGACUGUAAUCGAUGAGAAUUUUGUCUGUGGGGCAGCUACCUAGCUGCAGUUGGAUAAGCAGGGUUUGUGUUUUCACUAUCAACUUUCCACUGGAUUGACCGCGCGUGAUUCUGGAAAGGUGGAUUAUUGAUGACAUUAAAUCCUUCGCAUUUGUGCAGUAUCACUCACUUUAUAGAUUUUUUUCCUUUUUUAUUUUAAGCGACAGUCUUUACAGUAUGCAAACAACCUAUGCAGUACCUAUGAGUUAGCGGACUAUGUAGCUAUCCAAAAAGGAUUGCAUCUUUAGUUUAACGUUGCUUCCAUAACACGUUAGCUUGAUAACGUUACAUGUCAAUUGUCAAGACUGUUGACUUGGUUAUUGUUAUAGCUAAGCAUUUAAGUUUGGCGUGGAAUGAAAUAAUCAUCGGUAGUUUGCCAAAGGAAUCUCAGUAUGGAGGAAACCUCCCGUCAGUCAACCAAUUCUGUUUAUUUGGGAUAGCAUGUUUGUAGGUGAACUUUGCCCGAGCAAUACUUAUUAGACUUUUUGUGGUUGAUGUUUUUCCCCCACUUCUCCACAUCUCAGAUAGUUGUGUGUAACCCUCAAGGUUCACCAACAUCCGAAAUACCUGGACGCUUCAAACCUCAAGUAGCUACCAUGUGCAAAAAUGUCUCAUGAGAGUUCUUGUCAUUUACGAGUAAUUAGGAACGGGACAAUCGAGUUUGUUCUGGACACUACUGAUGGUUCAUUGGAAUAUUGGCCUUUUCUCUGUCAUUAAGAGUGAUCAUAUCUGUGAUUGCUAAAUUAUAAAAGGGGCGACUAAAGACACUCUUUGAGAUAGAAUUUCGGAAGUCGUCGGUGUAACCUGGGACUAAUCUGAAAAAAGAAAGGAAUUGCGGCUACCCAGAGCGAAAAUGGGACCAGCAACAAAACUGGCGUUUGGUGUAUUUCUCAUCUCUUGCUCCUCAGGUGCCAUCCUCGGACGUUCGGAGACACAGGAAUGUAUGAGCUACAGCUACCACCCGAUCGCCGAGAGCCGCAGCAACCGGACGACGGUGAAGCAGUGCGUGGGGGAGAACGACAAGCGGGUGCACUGCUACGCCACCUGGAAGAACAUCUCGGGCACGGUGGAGCUCUACAAGCAAGGCUGCUGGCUGGACGACGUUAGCUGCUACGACAGCACGGAGUGUGUGGAGAGGAGAGAGGUGAAGGACGUCUUCUUCUGCUGCUGUGAGGGGAACCUGUGCAAUGAAAAGUUCUACUAUAACCCUGAUACGGUUCCACCCACAUUCAACCCCUUCCAACCGAAGUCUCCACCCUUCAGCACAGUGCUCUACUCCCUGGUGCCCAUAAUGGGCAUCGCUGCCAUCAUCCUGUUCUCCUUCUGGAUGUACCGGCAUCACAAGCUGGCCUACCCACCAGCGCUGGUGCCCACUCAGGAUCCAGGGCCCAUGCCCCCCUCCCCCAUCCUGGGGCAGAAGCCGCUGCAGUUGAUCGAAAUCAAAGCCAGGGGGCGCUUCGGCUGCGUGUGGAAGGCCCAGCUGCUCAGCGAUUACGUCGCCGUCAAGAUCUUUCCCAUUCAGGACAAGCAGUCGUGGCAGAAUGAGUUUGAGAUCUACACCUUGCCCGGCAUGCGGCACGAGAACCUGCUGCACUUCAUCGGGGCCGAGAAGAGAGGGAGCAACCUGGACAUCGAGCUGUGGCUGAUCACCGCCUACCACGAGAAGGGCUCUUUGACUGACUAUCUGAAGGCCAAUGUGGUGUCCUGGAACGAGUUGUGCCAUAUUACUCAGACCAUGGUCCGUGGACUGGCCUACCUGCAUGCUGACGUUUCAGGACUGAGAGAUGGCCACAAGCCUGCCGUUGCUCACCGAGACAUCAAGAGCAAGAACGUGCUGAUCAAGUCCAACCUGACUGCCUGCAUCGCAGACUUUGGCCUGGCCCUGAAGUUCGAGGCCGGCAAGUCAGCUGGAGAGACACACGGACAGGUGGGGACGCGGCGGUACAUGGCUCCAGAGGCGCUAGAGGGCGCCAUCAGCUUCCAGCGCGACGCCUUCCUGAGGAUAGACAUGUACGCAGUGGGCCUGGUGCUGUGGGAGCUCGCUGCCCGCUGCACAGCUGCUGAUGGCCCAGUGGAUGAGUACAUGCUGCCGUUUGAGGAGGAGAUAGGCCAGCACCCCACGCUGGAGGACAUGCAGGACGUGGUGGUGCACAAGAAGCUGCGGCCCACCCUCAGGGAGUGCUGGAAGAAGCAUGCGGGUCUCGCCAUGUUGUGUGAGACCAUCGAGGAGUGCUGGGACCACGAGGCGGAGGCGCGGCUCUCGGCGGGCUGCGUGGAGGAGCGCGUGGUCCAGAUGCAGCGGCUGACCAACGUCACCGCGCCGGAGGAGAUCGUCACCGUGGUCACCAUGGUCACCAACGUGGACUACCCGCCCAAGGAGUCCAGCCUCUGACUAGCCGGAGGCGCUGCCUGAGAAAACAACUGAACACGUCGGACACACACGAAAAAAGAUUAUGAGAUAAAUUAAAAGAAAGUGAUAAAUAGACAGAGACAACACUUUAAAGAAGAAAAAAAAACUCCGUAACGCACUGGUGGCGUCUGCCCCCUUCCUCCUUAUCCUCUCCCCCAGUUGUACAUAGAGGCAGGAGGACUGUUAUAUGGUUUUAGUCACAGGAGGGACACCGGCCUACGGCAGGUCUUACUGCAUAGCAUACCUACAUGUGUGCCUGGCGACUCACUUUUGGGUCCUUUGGACGCAGUUGGGGGAAGUCCACAGAGCUGAACUCUCUUCCUAAGAGGAGCCCUCACUGCAUGGACACACACAUGUUUCACUACUUGAUGACUGGACGGUUAUAUUUAAAGAAAAAAAAAAAAAUCAAAUCAAGUCAAACUUCUGCUGAUGUCCCUUGCGGGAAAGAACAUGGACGUCCUCUGUAGAGGAAGAGAAGAGGACAACGAGCCUCAGCUCACUGUUCAUUUCAUUUCAGUAUGAAUUUUAAGAGAAAAAAAAAGGGUAAUGUUGGUUUUUAAAAUGCAUCAGUUGAUCUUGUGUUCUCACGAAUGACUAUUGCAAUGCCAAUAAGAAACAGCUUCUGAAUGUCUAGUGUGUUGCUGCUGUACAUAAACUAUAUCAGAGAGAGUGAGAUGUCACAGAAAUCAAAACGUUUUUUUGAGAUUUGCUUUUUUUUUUCCGGAGCAUUUCUUAACGGAAAAAAAAAAAGAAAUACCAACCUCUUUCUACAAGGUAUACCUCAGUCUCUCAUCAAAUCGAUAAAACUUUUAUUCUCAACACUAAAACAGCAAAACACUACAGAGCAUUUAGAUGACCGAUGUUAGGCAGUGAAGACUUUCUUAUCCAACAGAUCUGAGUAUGCCAAGAUGAAAUAGGCCAUUCAUAAACCAGUAUUUCUGCCUUUAUAAGAUCUUUGUGUUUCCGCUUAUUUUCCCCUGCUGUUGAUAAUGUGACCACCCCUCUGCUUUUUUAAUCAUUGUGGUGAUUGUUAUUUUAUGUUCGAUUGAUUUUUAGAGAGAUUGAGAAGAAAAAAAAGAUCCCUGAAAAUAUGAAUUUAGUGAAAAAGACAUGAAAGCACUUAACCCGUUUGUAGAUUUGCAGUGUCCACAAAAUGAUUGACGUAUGUGCAUGCCUUUUGUGUUCGUUUUGUUUCUUCUUUUUUUUGUCUCUAUAUGUGGGGCUGAUGGGUGGGGAAAGUAUGACACUGGUAUAUGUUAUGGAAACAUUUUAAUGUUUUAUGUUUGUUUUUUUGUUUUUGUUUUUUUUUUCCAUUUUCUAAUGCUGAUUUUAAUAUCCUGUCCGGGCGUUGCGUUGCUGGUGUUCUUUUGUACCUUUGUCUGCAUUGGUGGAGACGUUCUCCUUGCCCUUGUGUCUGCUGUGAUCACUGUACUUCAGUACGUCUCAGGAAGCUCUCUGGCCCCCUCCUCUCUCCCUCCCUCUCUCCCUCUCUCCCUCCCUCCUUCAGCUGCUCUCGUUCUGGUGCCACAGAUGUACUCACCCUUGGUUUUGUUUUUGUUUGUUUUUGUUUUUAUCUGAGGGGUGUACCUAUAUACUUACACACAUUCAUGCACACUCAUGCAGGACUUUCAGGCUACAGUAUUGCUUAAGGACAGGUUGAUGGUUACUUGCUCAGAGCACCACCAUCUCCCCACCACCACCACCACCACCACCACCCUUGGAAGGAAGGAAUGGAUGUUUGUAUGCCAUGCUAUGCUAUGCUAUGACAUGUUCCCCAUUCAAACCUAUGUUGCCAUGACGGGUUACCAUGCUUUUGUUGCUGCUCUCUGACUAGUCUGGAUUAUGGCUCCAAGACCCCUCUCUAUUCUCCCUGAUAAUCUCAGUGUAUUAAGAAAUAUUCAGGGACACUCGACGACAGAUUCCGAUCUGCCUACAUUUUAUGCAGUUGAGCUUCACUGGAGAAAGGGUGCAAGAGCUGGCCCACCACCACCAAAGCCUAGACUAGACGAGACUAGACCGACACAUCUAGCGCCUGUUGUAGCGUCUGCUUCUCAAGUCUACAGAGUGCUCUACAGAGUGUGGACACGUUCAGUCAAAGGGUACAAUCUCUACGAGGCGCUGUGCCAACGCUGGGCUGGGAUUAGACUAGUGGCUUCUGGGGAGUCAGGGUUGCAGUACUUUGGCAGAGGCUCUGUAAAAAGUGUUCGCCUGUUGCCUACGUUUGAGUGGCAUGCGUUGCGGGGAGCAGUGACCGUUGGCUUGGACGUUCUCUCAGGACCUCAGUGAGGUGAUUGUAGAAGUGGGUUGUGAGUGUGUGUGUGUGUGGGGUAGGAAGAGAUUGCGGAGCCAUGCAAGCAGGGCAAGGGAGGGGAGGGGAGGGGAGGCGUAUAUGCAAUCUCUCAGAUUCGUCAGUAUGCAUCUAUGUAGCCAUCUUCUCAAAGCUCUUUGGCUGAGAGGGUUUCCAGUAUUAUUUUUGAAUGUUGAUUUUCAUUUCGUUCCCCUCCUGAAACACUAAAGUUUUUUGUUUUUUUUAAUGAUUUAUUCGUGGGCUUCGCAUGACAGGACUGAUUGCUGUUUGGUGGUUGGUUAUGGUUUCCAGGUGCUUCGCUGCCACAUACAUGCAUCUCCGCCAGUGAAAUGUCUUUCCUUUUCUCACAUGACAAGAUUUUUUGUUUAAGUCAGUCAAACAGGAGCAUGAAUCCUAUAAUUUUCUGUCAAAGAAAGCCAAACCUCCCCAACAUUAUUAUCAGAUGACUGGAUUGCAAAUGCACACUUAUGUAUAUAUGAAUGUUGUUUUAGAUUGUGAAUCUAGCAUGAGGUUUUUUAUGGUCUCAAGGCAAAAAAGAAAAGAAAAAAUCCUUUAUAAUAUUAUUAAAGAAAAAAGAUUUUAUCUGUGUUUAUUUUGUAUAUUGGUAUUUUAAUUUCUUUUUUUAAAUUAAUUUAUGUCAUGGCCCAAAGUUAUCUUUCUAGUCAGAAGAAAGGUUUCUGGUCAGUGAGUCAGAAACACCCUGGAUCAGUAUGUCCUUUACCUCAGAUCUCCCGGUCGGCAGUUUGCGUCAUCGUGUAACACGUGCUGUAGCAAGCGUCUUGCAGUGCAAUGCUUAGAGAACAAUAACUGGAAUUUGACCAGCAGAUUAUUAUGUUUUUCUUGUUCUUCUCUCACAACAGCAAACGCACUUUGUGAUAUGAAAGUGACACAUUUACCUCUCACAUGCGCUGCGAAGCAGCUGUCACCAUCACUCAAAGUUAGCCAUCCUGGGUGCAAGCGAACUACAGUGCUGUCAAAGCCGACUUGCCGCGUUUCUCUUUUCUUUUCUUUCUUUUUUUUUUUUUUUUUUGUUUAACUGUAUUUAACAAAUUCAGGGCCUGGUCAGAAGUGAUUGUGAAAUAUUGUACAAAUGAAAUUGUAUGCUUCUCCUCCCCUUAAGUAAAGUAUAGUGACUGCUCUGAA